AUGAUUUGUAAUGAGGAUGAAGACGACCCGUUCCCCGUAGAUGACUGCCUUUUUGCCGACACAUUUUGUCAAGACACCGUUUACAGUUUAUGUGGGCAGCAGCUGAGGAUCAGACAGGUGUUUGGGGGGAACCUCGGUGUGGCUGCCCCAGUGUGGGAAGCUGUAAGGACAAGUCUAGUCCGUGCUUGCAAUGUCUUUUUGUGUUAGUGUGACAUGAUACUGAAAAUAUGUUUUAAUGUGUGUGCACAGGCGUUACAGCUGUGUCGUUACUUUGAAGAGCAGUCUGUGGAGUUGAGAGGAAAGCGUGUCAUUGAGCUGGGAGCAGGGACCGGUGUGGUCGGUAUACUGGCUGCCUGCAUGGGUACGUUACUACGGGCUUUGGUUAGAUGACAAGCCAUUGACAUGGGGUUCAUACCAGUUAGCCUGCUAUGGAGGCCAAGAACUGCCACUGCUGCUAAUAAAAAAGAAUGCAAAAAAAAAAAAAAAAGAAAUCACAACAGAAGUUACCAAUGCAAAAAAAGAAAAAGAAACCAAAGCCCGCUGCAAAUAAAAAAAGAAACGAUGCAGAUUUAAAAAAAAAAAAAAGCCACAACGGAAACCAACAACAAAAAAAGUGGAGCAUCAUCAUUAUUGGUCCCCGGUAGCUCACUUCCCUUGUGGUUUUUUAAUUUGCAUCAUUUUAUUUUCACAGAAGUUAAUUGUCUUUUUUUUUGCAUCUCUACUUUUUUGCAUCAGUAUCAUUGUGACUCCUUUUUUUUUUUUUCAUUUUAAAAAAAAAUUUGCAACAGUGGCGGUUCUCGGCCACCGUAGCCUUUACCCUGUCAGAGGCUCCUGAACAUUUACAAGCUGCUUGUACACAAAGUUACUUCUUGAGUCAGCUCAUGUUUUUCCAUCGACUCACAACCAGCUUCUCAUACAGACCUGAAACUCAAAGUUGCUUACACCAGAAGCCCAUUAAACUGCAGCUGCCAAAGCACAUGUUGCUCCCGUGGUACCACUGUUGCAAAUACUUCACUGUCAGCCAUUCAUCAAUGCCAGAGUAUCCUGGAAAUGUUUUAAAACACACCACACGUGUUUGCUUUCUGGAUGUUGCAUCUGUAAAAAAACAAAACUAUCUGCAGUGCAAAACACAAUUUAAUAAUCAGUGCAUCUGAAAGGGGUGAUAUUACACUUACUAUGCAUCAUUUGCCCUUUUAAGGAGAUGCACUGUCUGGUGAUGUCACAAAUUGAGCAUAUCUCAUAUUGAUCUUGCUGAAUUCUGAAGUCAUUCAGAGCCCCUUUGUAGUCCCAUCAGAGGAUUACUUAAACACAUAUUAACCUUACAAUCUGAAACUUUGAUCAUGUGUAGUACCAACAUUCAUCAUUUUAACUUAACAUUUGUUUUUAUCUUCAUUCAUUUUUUCAGGUGCAGUGGUGACACUCACAGACCUUCCCUUGGCUCUCCCUCAACUGCAGGCCAACGUCUCUGCUAAUAUGCCACCCAGUGGUUGGCCUAAUACCCAGCCCACUGUCCUCCCUCUGUCCUGGGGUGAGGACCAAAUGAACUUCUCCUCUGAUUGGGAACUGAUCCUCGGGACAGACAUUGUUUACCUUCCAGAGACUUACCCACUGCUGGUAGAAACUCUAGCUCAUCUGUGCAAGAGUGGAGGUCUGGUAUAUCUGUCAUCUAAAAUGCGGGAAGAGCAUGGGACUCAUCGUUUUUAUGAGGAUUAUCUGCCAGGCAGAUUUAAGGUGGAUCUUGUGCACCGUGAUGAAAAAGAAAAUAUGAAUAUAUACAGAGCAUCUCUGAAGUGAGACCUGGAACAGCAAGAACAACUUACUACAAACCUGAGACAUAUUAGAGGCUGUGUCGAGACCAUUCAUGACUGAUAUAUUCAGUGUCUUUUAAGAGUUUCAAAAAUAACGCUAUCAAAUCAGACACAAUGAUGUUUGCAAAGUGCAAACUUCAGUCAAGUGACGUGACUGUCACUUAACACUGAUAACUUUCAAUACUUUGUUUUGGCUGCAAAUUUAGAUUAUUUUCAUUGUAAGAACAGCUUGCUCAAAAUAUUUGAAUACACUUUCAAACUCUAGAGUUUCCUGUUUGAGGAUUAAAGCCUAAGUUGAUCAGUUGUCCAAAGGUUUGGUCACAGGUCUAAAUUGAGUUUGUGAAUUCUAUUUAUUUUGCAGGUUAUUUAUCUUAUCUUGUGAAACAUCUGUAAUAUCCUAUUUAUCUUUUAUUUAUUAUCACUAAAAGUAUGUAUUUGUGAAAAAAAAUAAAUGUUUUGAAGAAAUCUGGUGAUGAGAGAAUGUUCUGUUUGAAAUGUUCUGUUUGAUUAACUGGAUCCUAAAAUAGUUGUGAUUUUUAUUCCCCAUUUAACAUUUUACAUCAUGUAUUCUCCUACUUUUUUGUGAAACUGAUAGUUCUGCCGUUAGAGCUCCCUUUCCAACAAAAAGAAGUGCAUGUUUUCAUGCUUAUGUCUCAGGAACAUUUUGCUUGGUAAACAAAGUCUAAACAUCAGACAACAAUCACAGUGACCUGUUCCAGCUCCUCAUCAUGUCUUGACUUGUUCUUAAAUUCAGACAUCUCAGGGAACAGCUCAGGUUGCUUCAUUCAUUUUAUCUUAAUCACAUGACUGGAGAUUUAAAGUUCUUUUUUUCAUCUCUUCUUCUUUUCUUUUUAAACACUUCAUAUAAUUGUAAUUCUGAUUCUGUCUGAAUACACUGACAAAGUCUCACCAGCUUUGCCUUCCUAGUAAAGAAGUAUGUAAACUAUUGCUGAAAAUUUCACACAUUCUGGUUCAUUUUGGUAUGCAGUUUCCCUUGAGGUUUGAGCAUCAUUACAUUAAAAUUGCAGUGUUAACAUAUUACAUUAUCACAGCUUUGAAAGCUACUAUAACUAAUUGUUUGAGUGUCCACAUGAAAACUAUAUUCCUGUUUAAGUUAUAAAAUGGUAAACAGGAAAUAAAAUGUGAAUAUACAGCAUCCUCUCUAGUCUUAAAACCACUUAAACUGUUAUUAGAUUUCAUAUCACAUUGACACAUUCACAUCAUAUCAUUGCUAUUGGAUGCUUUUCUGACAGGACAUUGUCUAUCGAGUCUGAUCAAAUGACCGAUGUCCUAAUAAAGCACUAAUCAAUCAAUGAUACCUCAGCAUCUCUCUCGUCAAACAUAGAUUGUUGUUCAUUUAGUCAUAAAUGUGUAUAUAUUGUCAAAAAUGUUUUACAUGGUUUCAAAUCAACUCCAGUUCUUUCAACACUAGAUGAUGGUAUUAGUACCAAUUUGCUUGAGUAAAUAAAGAACCUAUUGGUUUUGUAGCCUGAUGAGCAUUGAUUAGAAUCAGAUAUUUAUAUUCAUUUUUGUUUAUUUCUGUGGUUUAAGCUCCUCUAUUCCCUGUUUUUGUUGCGUUGUUUCCUAAUCUGCACCCUGCUUUUAACAGACGAUAUUCUUCAAUUCAAUGUACGGUCUAAAUCAAAACAGCUCCUGUUUAUCUGGUGGUGUAUAGGCAGCUGAUAUUCAAUAGAAUGUUGUCUAUUUAAAUUGGGACAAACAAAUCCCCAAACAAAGUCCAUCCCAUCCCCAACUAUUCUGUCAACAUCAACAGAUUGCCCUCCCUGCAGCCCGCUGUCUGUGCAUACUUCAUCCCCUCACUCCUGCUCCCUGCUGAUGUACAGACUUUCUGUUCAGAGAAGGAAAGCCUGUUUGUUACGCUGGAGAGUUUCAAAGAAAGGGACUCAAAUGCAUCCGCUGCCUGUCUCUCCCUCUGCUACAAUUCAGCCGACAAAACAACAGAUCGUAUCUCCAUGCGCAGUCUGCUCCCCAUCAGGCCAAGCACCACUCACUGACUGUUGUGCAAAAGGCCGGUCAUUGACUUUGUUAUUAUACUUGAUCAGUUGGGCAUGGGUAUGAAAAUUAUAUGUAGCUUGAAAAAAAGGAAGUACAGUGUUAUAUGAGCCAAAAGGUAAGAUUUUCAGUUCAUAAUAUAUAGAAUUAAAAACAUAAAAAUGAAGUGCGCUGUGACUUACUCUAAAUAAGGCUGUAAAAGUAGUUUUUGGUUUUAUAAUUGUUAAAAAUUAUCCUUAUUCCAGCUACAAUAAAAUCGUAAUGACUUUGCAGCUGUAAAAAAUUAUAAUGUUGCAAGCACAUUAAAAGUUUUCCUUCUGAAUUUAUAAACUGGACUUUUUCUGUUAUUUUAACACACACUUUUAAAACAUAAAUCAUAUCUAUCUUACCUUAAGUUUUGUGUGACUUUAAAUAGAAAUGAUCAAUCAAAUGAUACUAUUUUUUUAAAAACUGAUUGGGACAGCUUUGCAGUGGUCUGUUAAAAGCGUAUAUUGGCUGUGUCAGAGGAGGUGGGCUCACAGUGACAGAGAAAUUUGUGUGUGAGUGUGAGUGUGUUUGUGUAGUGGGAGGGGGGCUGAAAAAAACACCAUCCUUUAAAACAAGUAAUCCUGUUUGGGCUUCAUUAGACCUCCUGUCAUCUCAUGUGCAGCAAGGACAAUAAUCUGAAAACUGCUAUUAAAGGUACGUUGUGUGUGUGUGUUUACCUUUCUCUCAGUUAACAUGUAACAAAAUCAAAUGGCAGGUUAGACAUAACUUCACAACGUAGUGUACGCUUAAAACUCUUAAUUUCAGAUCUGUGAAAAUGGAGCUCUGGACUGAGAACCAGGGGCGACCAUCACUUUACUCCAAACCGGGUACUGUUCCUGGACGAAACUUUGCACAUAAGUGAGUGUGGUGUAUCAGUUAAGUUUUCAGUCAGUUAAUUGCCAUUAAUUUAAGCGCUGCUGUGUUGGUACCAAACUUUAAAAAAUUACACUAAAAAGUAUUUGCUUAAGUUUGUUGUCGUAUUAGCUGCACCCAUGCGGACCAAAGUAACCCUUGACUAACUUCAACAUCAAGUGUUCACACAGUGCCAGUUUUUGUAAGAUUUUUUUUAAACAGCAUAUGGGAUAAGCUGCUUUGUAAAAUCUUAUCAGUGUACUCAGACAUUUUUCAACCAUUUUACCCACAGCUACAAUGACAGACAUCAGGAAACACACUAUCCAUUGUACUACAGUGUGCAACAAGAUCAAGGCAGGGAGUCAAGUUACUGGACUGCACAGGGAUCAAGAACAGGAGGGACCCCACAUGAGUACACUAACUGGACAGACCAAGAUUUAACUAGUCUUGUGUCUUCACAAUUCCCUUUUGUCCUUGACCAUCAUCCUCAGCAGCACCGGGAUCUGGGAGAAUAUCAGCAGCCUGAAGCAAGAGGCAGAGACUGGGCAGCAACUCAACGAGCAGCAAGGGACUAUGACGGAGGUUACCCAAGGGAGGGAUGGCAAAAGAGGUGGGAGCUCUGUAGUCCUAUUCGUUACAACUGUGAAAUUUCAACGAAAAGGAAUGACAGCAGCUACAGAGAGCUGGAGGCUUGGGCACUCCGAUACAGCCAUUCACUUCCUAGGAGGAAACGUAUGGAAGCAGGGUUGAGGGGUGCCUCCCAGAGUUUGUUAGAGAGCAGAGACAGCAGCAGAGGCAUAACAGACCCACGAGUAGCAGCGCUUCAACAAGUCAUACAAUCUGCAAACAUCAGAGAAUCAGGACACCGGGACAGGGGAGGUAGACAGCAAGGUCCAAACCAUUAUCCACUGCAAACAUCCGCCAGGGACACAAGCCACAUGUUGGACAUGAAAGAAAAGGUCAGCUACCAAGGUCGGAUGUUCAGCCAACCUCCUGGCUAUAUCGCUCCACCUCCCUACAACAGCUCACAUAAAAGUUCACCUGAAUUGCACCAAUGUGACUCCAGUUUGGAGAAAGAAGGUAAGAGGCAAUCACAAUGGUCACAGGUCACACCCCAGAAGCAGUUUGUCGCUGGUGAACAGCUUGGUCAAAGAAAAGUUGAAAAAGAGGACUGUACGCAAGCAGAUGGGAAUCAAAAUACCCACCUAGGACUUGAAGGACUGAAACAAAGACAACAUGAAAAAGAUGCUUUUCAGCCAAGCAGUGCUGACAGUACUGAGACAACAAACAUACAGCAUGAGGAUUUGUUGUCUCCACAACAGCCACAAAUUUUACCAGCAGUGCAGAAAAAAAGGAUCAAUGAGGACUCAUUCUUCAAAGUCAUUGAGGGAAGAAAGUUCAGAUUAAAUAAAAAGACAGGUGGGAUGACCAUAUUCUGCUUGGUGUCCCGAAUAGCAGGAACCUCAGAAACACCAUCUUUGCCACUAUGUGCCUCACAAGCAAACAUUCAAAACACAAAAUCAGGAGAGGUUUCCAAAAAUCUGGAGAAUAACGAUGACCAACUUGCUGAUGAGGUAGACUUCAAGGCCCCUACACUUAGAGAGCAGUCAGUUACUCCUGACUCAAGAAGUCUCCAAGAUGAACAGAAAGAAACGCCAACUUUUGUGCAUGAUGACACACUGGUAGAUAAUCAGUCAAAUGAAUCAGUGACAAGUCUUGAUAAUGAAGAGUCUUCAUUUACUAGACAGGUUUCUCAGUCAAUGCAGCCUGUGUCUGUCAAGUACCCUUUGUGGAGGGAGCCUGGUUUAGCAAGUAGAGCUGAGAUCGAAAGUCCAGUCAUAUGUUCAAAGACGAGCAGCGAGGAAGCAAAAUCAGAUGAUUUGCCAAACCAAAAGGACUCUGGUAGAGUUCAUCCAAUUGACAUUGAAGUAAGGAGGUUGGACAUCACGAAAGCCACGGAGUCUGAAGACAGUAACGACCUACUGGUUAUAGACACAACCUGUGUUCUUGUCAAAAUGGAGCUGAUUCCAUCACCAAAGAAAGAGCACGUCCACUAUUUACACUUAAUGCCAAACACUGAAAACAUUCCACCUGAUAUUUCCCUGACAACUUCGACUGAAGCUUUCCAAUCAAAAAAUCAUGUAAGGCAAGAAGGUACAACUGACCAAAAUGCAAAGACUAACCCCCUCCAACUCAGCGAGGGUCUUGAGACCCAACCAGACUCAGAUCCAAAGGAAAAAUUGGAGUCUGACACUGAAAUUUCUUUUCCCACGAUGAUGUUAUCAAUGCCAUCUUUGGUUCCUAACAGAGAAACCUUGGCAGAACGCGCUGAGAGGAUCCUUGGUAUCCCUUUCCAGGACUGCAUCAUUGACCAACAACCCGCAGUCACAUCAUCACGCCUUGACUUGUUUUUGGAGAACCAGGAAGUUGAUACUCCUCCAACUGAGGAUAAUAGCAGCUGUGAAACAGACGAACAGAUAAAAGACAGCAUGGGAGAAAAGGAAAACUCACAGAAUCCGACAGAGGUCAGCCAAACUGAGGAGGCAGUUUGUUUGCAAGAGAAAGAUAAUGACAAAGAUCAAGAAGAUCAUAAUGGUGAUCAAGAUAUUGCAGCAUCACAGGAGCAUCUUUCAUCUGAAGAGACAGAAACAGACAACAAAUAUUCAUUUCAAAAUAAAAUGACUGAGAGUCCUCUGCUUGGAUCUACUAAUGGAGAGUAUACAACUGAGAAAGAUAAUGACGAUGACCAGCCUGUUGAAGAUGAUAACCUCCCUCAGUAUUCAGCUCCUUCUCCCGCAGUCUCAUCUCUCACUGAAACCCUAGCUCAUCAACUGCCACCUCCUCCUCCUCUAUUGACCCUGUUUGCCCAGAGCUCAACCUCUCAUAUUGACCAGUCCCCAAACAUCUCAACAUCUAUUGAUCAAAUGGUAGAUGCACUGUCCACUGGUGCAGAGGACAACAGCAUAAGUGGCAACACAUCACAACCGCAAAAUGAUGAAAUCUUCAACAGCUGUGCCAAAGAUAUGAGAGAGGUAUCUGAGGCACAUUUUGAAAGUGAACAGUUAGAUGAUACUUCUUGUGUGAAAGACAGUGGCCCACUCACAAAACAAGCUGAUGAGGAUGCUUCAGGCCGCAUUAUGGACAAUACUGAAGAGUUUUACAUUUUUCAGCAACAAUCUGAAUGUGUCCAAGAAGAGGAAAUCAAACUGGUAAAGGAGAGACAUGUGGCUGAAGAACAGCCACCAAAAGAAGUUAGUGAGGAUCUUACAGAUCAAAUAAGCAGAGAGCAACAACCAAAAGAGUCCACUGAGGGUCCUGAAAUUGUCUCCCAAAAGACAGUUCCCACAGACAUCGCAACCAACACUCAAACUCAACUGGAAACCAAAAAUACGCAAGACAUCAAACCCCUGAUUGAUGCUCCUGACUCCUCUCCUCCCUCACCUCACUUUGAGGUUUCCCCAUCACAUUUGGAUAUUCUCUCAUCGUCUGAGCUCCCUUCUCCACUAAAUGCCUCAAACAAGCCUGACAAUGAGUUGGUUUCUCUUUUGGAAGUGGACUCAGUCAGUCCCUUAGUUCUGAGUCCCAAUGUGGAUGCUGUUCCUGCUGAGGCUAUCCCAGAAACCUUCCCUUUCCCUUUCACUCCAGAGUCUUGUGAGGAUCUACAACUCCCAUCUUCUUCUGAUUUACCCCAAGUCCUGUCGCUCAGCUCUUUGCCUCCUUUGAAACAGGAUGAAGGAGAAAGUGAUGCUCCUGACUUGACCCUUAAAGAACUGCCCCAGUAUCCCAGGUCACUGUGGGAUGCAGUAAAUCGCAUUAGGAAGCACACAGCUCCUGAUUCUGAGAAUGAGGAGGAGGAAGUGAGUGAGCUGUGGGAUCCUGAGAGCAAAGGGGAGGGCGGGACAGAGAACAUGAAAGCUAAGAGGAUAGACUUUGAUGAAGCAGGGAACGGGGUUUCUACAGUAGAUGGUGUCGAUGAAGUUCAGGAAGGACAAACCAAGCAGAGUCCAGAGAAAUGUGGACCCACAGAGGAAGACACACUGUCAUGCAGUAGCACAAGCAGCCACAGCUCUGGAGAUACUGUUAUUGGAGCUGAUGAGGAGGAAGGGGAGGAAAUUCAACAUGAUACCAGGGCAGAAAUCAGUGAACAGAAUUAUGAAGAGGGCCAGAAAGCCGAGGGAGAGUGA